AACUUCAUUUCAUACCUUAGAAAAAAGGUUUGAUUUUUGUUAACGAAAAAUAUACGAAAUGGCCUCUGCUUCGAUGACGGUUGCGCCAAUCACGGUCACCCAGAAGCCGCAGUUGCGGCGGAGCGCCGCCGCAUUCCUCAGCCCGGUACCGGUGAGGCCGUCAAAGGCUGCGUCUCUGAACCAAACCUCCGGCAAGAAGCUCCGAGUUUCGGCUUCUUUGAAGGAAAAGGCAAUCACGGGUCUGACGGCAGCGGCGUUGACGGCGUCCAUGGUGGUCCCCGACGUGGCGGAGGCCGCCGUGUCGCCGUCCCUCAAGAACUUCUUGCUCAGCAUCGUGGCCGGCGGCGUUGUUCUCGCCGCCAUUCUUGGCGCCAUUAUCGGCGUCUCAAACUUUGACCCCGUCAAGAGAACCUAGGCGUUACUGUUUUGUUAUUCACACAUUUCUACUUCAAAAAUCUGUACUUUAUACUCUUAUUAUAUGCUCUGUUUUAAUUUUCAUGAACAACAUAAAUAAAUCAAUAAAUUUUUACUUCAUUUA